AUGACAGAGAAAAGAGAUGAUGAUCUUAAGACGGUGGUCACAAAACCCAACAAAGACCAUGAUUAUAAAAAGACUGGUUUCAUGGAAGACCAUUUUUCCAUGGAAGGAGAGGAGGAUGGCUUAUCUUUGUCAGUGCAACACCCUGCUGGUGCUCAUGAGAGGAGCUCAAAGGCAGAAAACAUCCCUUCUGUGUUACAGAACACAGUAACCUUUGAGGAUGUGGCCGUGGAGUUCACUAAGGAGGAGUGGGUGUUGCUGGACUCAUCUCAGAGAAAACUGUACAGGAAGGUGAUGCUGGAGACCUACGACAAUGUGGCCUCACUGGGACAUAAACUCAGCAAACCCAUUCUGAUCAUCCAGCUGGAGCAAGAAUGUACACUAAACACAGCAGAGAGGAUUCGCCGGCAUCCUCAUUCAGAUGGGAUGAUUCUCCUUGAAACCAAACAAUCACAACAUAUGCGACAUAGUUUGGAAAAAGAAAGGCCCCGUGACAAGAAGCAAAGGCAAACUCAUGGAGGCAUACCCACUGAAUGUCAUGAAAAUAUUGAAGCCUUAAACAUGAAACCUAGCAUUGCUCGGAAUAAGCGACUUCAUGCUAGAGAGAAACUCCUUGAGAACAUUCAAUCUCAGGAAAAAUCUUCUGAACAUAAAAAAGAUGGAAAUGCCCCCAGCAUGGGCUUUCAUGCAGCGGUGCAGAAAAGAAAACAUACCCGAGAGAAACCUUAUGAAUGCACUCACUGUGGUAAAGCAUUAAGCUCCAUUGUGUACCUUCAGAAGCAUGAGAAAACUCACCGUAGAAGGAACUCUUUGGAAUGUAGUCAGUGUGGAAAAGCCUUACGGAACUCUGCCACCAUGAAGGUGCACAUGAGAAUGCAUACAGGAGAAAAACCUUUUACGUGUCAUCAGUGUGGGAAAGCCUUCAGCUCCAGCUCCUACCUUACCCGACACAAAAGGAUUCACACUGGCGAGAAGCCUUACGAAUGUCGUGACUGUGGGAGCACCUUCCGAGACAGCUCACUUCUUAGACAGCAUGAAGGAAUUCAUUCAACAGAAAAGCCCUACAAAUGUCAUCAGUGUGGCAAAGCCUUCUGUAGGAGUGCGCGGCUUACCUUGCACAAAUUAACACACACGGGAGAGAAGCCCCAUAAGUGUAAUGACUGUGGGAAAACCUUCAGCAUUCUUUCUUACCUUAAAAGACAUAAGAGAACCCACACUGCAGAGAAAUCCAUUGCAUGUAGCCAUUGUGGAAAAUUAUUAAGUAGCCAGGCAUCCCUUAAGCUCCACCUGAAAAUACAUACUGAAGAGAAAUCUUACAAGUGUGACAAAUGUGGGAAAACUUUUAGAACGAGUUCUAAUCUUACUGUGCACAAGAAAAUUCAUACUGGAGAGAAACCCUGUAAGUGCAUGGAUUGUGGAAAAGCCUUCAGGGAUCGCUCAUGUCUUAAAGAGCAUAUGAGAAUUCACACAGGUGAAAAACCCUUUUUGUGUAACCAUUGUGGGAAAACCUUCAGAAUAAAAUCUUACCUCGUCCUUCACAAGAAAAUUCACACAAGAACAAAACAAUACAAAUGUAAGGAAUGUGGGAAGAUCUUCAGUGGUCCCUUAUCUCACAGAAUACAUAUGAAAAAUCACACCAGGGAAAAGAAGGCUUUUAAAUGUGGGGAGUGUGAGAAAGCGUUUAGGAAGAAGGAAUCCCUUGUUAUACACAGGAGAACUCAUACUGGAGAGAAACCCUACGAGUGUAGUCAAUGUGGGAAAAGCUUCAGUGUAAAGUGUAAUCUGACCGUGCAUCAGAGAAUACACACCGGAGAAAAACCCUAUCAAUGCAAUGUCUGUCAAAAAGCAUUCAGUAAACGAGUGUCCCUUAGGCAUCAUGAGAGAAUGCAUGAUGGAUGA